AUGGCCGAUUCGAAGACCGAUUCGAAGACUGCGGCGCCCAGUGCACGAGAAGAAUCUCUCCAUUCCUCGCCAAUCUAUGCAGUCGAUGGGGCCCAGGGGAUCGACUUGGAGCAAUACAGGGCGACUGUGCCUCUAUGGAAGCGGGUCUGGCAGCAUAGCUUGACGCAGAUGAUGCUUUUGAGUGUGCAAGCAUUUUGCGGGCCAGCCAUGGCUGAUGCGAUUGCUGGUCUCGGUGGUGGUGGUCUGGCAACUACUCAGACCUCUAAUAUUUCGACCGCGAUCUUAUAUGCUAUGCUUGCUGUUGUCUGCUUUAUGGGCGGUCCGUUAGUCAACAAACUAGGUGUCAAGUGGGCAUUAGUUAUUGGUGCGGCGUCCUUUCCUAUCCAAGGAUCCGCCUAUUACUGCAACAGCAAGUUUGGUAACCAAUGGUAUCUCAUUCUCAGCGGUGCUAUCAGUGGAAUCGGUACAGCCUGUUGGUAUGUCGCCGAGGCCGGAGCGAUCAUGACGCUCGCGCCUUCUGGUGCUCGUGGUAAAUAUCUGGCUCUGUGGAUCGUGUCUCGAAACCUUGGCCAAUUGGUAGGCGGUGCAAUCAACCUUUCAAAGAAUCAUGUGAAAGGAGCCGAUGGGGGAAUUACUCCCGAUACUUACAUUGCCUUUGUGAUCAUCGAGUGCCUCGCCCUCCCAUUCGCGCUGUUAAUUAGACCAUUCGAACAUGUCGUCCGAUCAGAUGGUACCCGAAUCAUCACGGCGGAGACUCUUUCCACCAAGAUGGAAUUCAAGCGCAUUGCGAAGACGAUGACCUCAAAACUUAUCAUGCUGUCCGCUCUUUGGGCACUUUGGUCAUUCUUCUACAGCGGGUCUUGGUCCACUUACCUAGGGACCUACUUCACCGUUCGUGCCCGCGCCCUGUCAUCUCUGGUCUCGCCCUUCUUCUGCAUCGUCGGUUGCUUUGGUCUCGGCUUCAUCCUCGAUAUGAAACACCUCAGUCAGCGUCGCCGCGCCCAAAUUGGUCUCUUCACCGUCGUGAUUCUUAACGUUGGCGUGUAUAUUUGGUCCAUCAUUAUGCAAGUCAAGUUCAACCACAAUGACCCUGGCAAGGUUGAUUGGGAGGACGGACUCUACCCUUCGUCUUUUCUGCCGUACUUCUUUGUACAGACUACGGGUCCAUUGUCGCAGUCCUACAUGUAUUGGCUUCUGUCAUCAUUUGCAACUGAUGCACAGGAAAACGUCCGCAAUGGUGCUGCGUUCAGAUGUAUCGAAGCAAUUGGCCAGGCUAUUUCCUAUGGCAUGAACACUCAAACUACUGGUGACCCUCUCACUGGCUUCUGCGUGACGUUCGCUCUCCUUGGGGCUGCUUUGGUCCCAAUGAUUAUGCUUGUGAACAUGACACCUGACCGUAUUCCCGCCGAUGUGGUUGCGGAGCAGCAAAAUGCCGCUCGCGAAAAGGGCGAAGAUGCCUAG